GAAGCGCAGUUAGGGCGGGAGCUGCUGGAAUAAGAAGACUUAUUUUUUCCUGGUAACCAUACCAUCAAAAUCAUCUGUUCACAAAAACAGUAUUUUACAGCCUCUUUACCCAGAACACCUGAGAAGCGAGAGAAUAUGAGAUUCAACAUUUAUGACAAUAUUUUAUGGGAAAUCAUUAUACUAUUGUUCAGUGCCCUAUUUAUAUUGAACUGGUGGGCUCAUGGCUACUGGAAAAGAAGGAAUGUAUAUUCUCUACCAACAGAAUUUAUAUUUGGAAAUAUUAGGGAAAUAAUAAUGAAUCCAAAAGUGAUGGGCAUCAUAUUUCGUAAUUUUUAUGAAAAAUACAAACAACAUAAAAUGGUUGGUUUCUACUGUUUUUAUAAGCCAAUGCUUUUUGUGAGAGAUCCAGAAAUUAUAAAAAGAAUUUUAGCAACAGAUUUUAACUGCUUUAGUAAUAAUGGUUUUACAGUGGACAAGAAUAUCGACCCUUUUAUCGGGUAUAAUCCAUUCACAGCAAAGACCAUACCUUUGUGGAAAGAACUGAGAAGCAUUCAAGCUACAAACCUGACUGCAUUAAAAUUAAAGGAAGUGGUUCCUGGUAUAGUCAAAAUAGGAGAAUUCAUGAAUGAAUUCAUCAAAAAUAAGAAAAACCAACCCAUUUCUGUGUUCGACAUCACGACACGUGCAGCAAUUGACUCAGCUAUUCUUUUUGGUUUUGGAAUAGAACCAAAGUCAUUUACAGAUUCUGAAUUUAGUUUCAUGAAAUAUGGUACUGUUGAACACCUUUUUUCUACUAACUAUAUGAACACGAUUUCUAGCUUUUUUCUUCCUUCUUUAAGCAAAAUAUUUAAUAGCAGAAUUACUUCUAAGGCAGCAGAAGAUUUUUUCAUAUCUAUGACUAAAACAAAUAUUGAACAUCGAAAGACUACUAAAAUUACACGAGGUGAUCUAUUUGAUACAAUAUUGAAGCUAAAUAAAAAGAAGUUGGAGCAAGGCGAUAAAGCUUACUCAAACUUGGAAAUGUCAGCUCAUUGUGCAACAUUUUAUCUUGAUGCCACAGUUACAUCUGCAACGGUAAGCACAUUUUUAUUGUUGGAGUUAGCGACCCACCAAGAUAUUCAAGAAAAACUUAGAAGAGAAAUCUUCUUGGUUGGAAAGAAACCAGAAGAUUUUGACUUUGAUAAAAUAAAUGGAAUCCCUUAUUUACAAAUGGUGUUUGAUGAAUCGAUCAGAAUCCACUCCCCAGUAACAGUGUUGACUCGCUCCUGUACUAAGGAUACAGUGAUAGAAGAUGUGAAAAUUUCCAAAGGAACUAAAGUAUUUAUUUCCUCUUUAGCCCUUCAUUACGAUCCAGAAUAUUAUCCUGAACCAGAAAAAUUUGACCCAGAAAGAUUCUCUGAAAAUAAUAAGGAGUCAAUGACAAAAUACACAUUCCUACCUUUUGGUGAAGGGCCGCGAAUCUGUGUUGGUCUGAAAUAUGGUAACCUAUUUGUAAAAACUUUAAUUGCGUUUAUUCUCCUGAAGUACAGAAUAUUACCAACUUAUGAUCAAAAUAAAGUUCUACAUGAUUAUGAAAAUUUCCUGUUGGUUCCAAAAUCAGAUGCUACUAUCAAAUUUGAAGAAUUAUAAUCUUUAUUGAUUUUUUUUUUCAUAAUUUUCCAAUUAUUUAGUCCUUUCAUUAAAAUUGUUAAAAACUAA